CAACACACAAUGUAGAAGUUGAAGGUAAUGCUAACUGACAAAAGGUAGGUCCCAUUUGUCAGCAGACAGCUCCCCUCUGUCCUGAGAAACGCUAAGGGACCUAGCCUGCUAAAUUAUUGUUUUCAUAUGCUAUAGGGUUAGCAUGUUUUGAAAGAGUACUUCAUGGGGAAGAAAAGAUGAGACAUUGGCUUGUGAGGCAAUUACAACAAAAUGUGAUAUAUUUUCUCGGGUGUGAUAAGAUAACAGACUGGUCACUGAAUAUAAUAUACAUCUCUUAAUGUUUUCUCCUUUUGACAGGGAACGUAACAAGUCUACUGGAAGUAUACAGUACAUAGUUUAUAGCUUUCUCAUGUAAAAAAUGCACCCAGCCUCCCCAUUACAUGUUGCUGGAAGAAGUAGGAGUUCCUCGGGUGUUGAUUUAUAUUUAUUAAUGAUGUGGGCUGGUGAUAACAUCUAUUCUCUACCAAAUCUCAUUGGCUUGCUUCUCAACAUUGUUGAAUUGAGAUGCAGACUGUGCUUACUGAGUGAAAGGUCAUAACAGUAUGAUAAUCUUACUCAAUUCACAGCCAAUCAUAAUGCUAUGUCCCUUGCAGAUUGUCAAACCUUCUAAUAAAAGCUGCUUGCUAAUGGUGGCUGCAAACAAGCGUUUCCAUACUCAUUGCAUUCCAGUGGUGUUGAAAUAGCAUCAGAGUAAAUCGAAUACUUUCAUCAGAGCAAAGGAUAGUUCAACUCAUUGUAUACAUGUUCAGCUAAAUCCUCAGUUUAAUGAGUGUUCCCUGAGGCUCUACUGCUGCACAGACGCAAGCAAACAAACGUUGUAUUAAGUUUGUUUCUGAUACACUGUUGGUAUUUCAGACAAAUGGAGAAUAAAUUACUAUCUUAUUUUUGAUCUGCAGAAAACACAUUUGCAUCACAUUUCUGCUGUUUAACGUGAUAAAGAAUGUGCAUUGUUAUGGGCAUUGGCACAUCAUUUAUUCCGAAGUUUAAUAGCUGAGUUGAUAUGGUUUUUACUCUUUUCUACAACAAUCACUUAGCAAAAGAGUCGUUAUUCAAAGCUAAUGUCUAGCAGUGGGAUGAAAACAGAAAGGACUGUCAACAGUAUUUAUAUUGCAAACAUGUCUACGAGGCUAUACGCCUCUUAAAAAUGUGCAAUUAAUUUGAUAUCAACAGAGAGAGAGGAGACUGAAAUAAAAGUCUGUUUAGUUGUUUACUGGAGUAUUUUCUUGAAGCUGUUGUGGAAGUUGUUCGAGAGAGAAAAUGAGGAAGACUCAGUAAGUUGGACAUUUGAAAAAGGCCGCUCCCUCGAUUAAAGGGAUUUAGUCAAUCAUGCUCACAAAACUGACACUGUGGACAUGGGGAAAGAGAUUGGCUGUAGUGUAUAAGUUUUGUCUAAACAACAUUGAAUGUUUAUAAACCAUCAUCACCACCACCAUCAUCAUCACCAUGAUCAUCCUCAUCGUCAUAUUGAAACCAUACCAGGGAAGGGACAGCAUGAGAAAUGUUUUUUAAAAUUGUUCAAAUCAUUUCCUUUUGAUAACACCAUAUUACGCCAUAUGACACUCUGCAACCCCUCGCAUUGGAACUAGUGAAAGCGAUCACCAAUUUCAUCAACAUUUCACCAGAAUUACAAGAAGUCACUCAAGAGACAUGCCCUUUGGUUGCUCAAGCAUAAUGACUUGUGUUAAUUCUGGUAUAAAAAAUGUGAGUUGUUGGGGAGAAGACAUUAACCUGACUCCUGACCACACAGUCAGGCUCCAGCAUCUUGUUAUUGAAGUUUUCAAGAGACUGUCACCAUGGCGACGAUGUUGACCGUCCUUAUCCUACUCAGCAUUGCCUUUGCAUACCUGUCCUUCUCAGGUAACAGGACCCUGGAACCACCAUCAUCUGGAACUGAGGAGCCGUCCUUCUCAGGUGACAGGACCCUGGAACCACCAUCAUCUGGAACCGAGGAGCCGUCCUUCUCAGGUGACAGGACCCUGGAACCCCCAUCAUCUGGAACUGAGGAGCCGUCUUUCUCAGGUGACAGGACCCUGGAACCACCAUCAUCAGGAACAGAGGAGCCGUCCAUCUCAGGUGACAGGACCCUGGAACCCCCAUCAUCUGGAACCGAGGAGCCGUCCUUCUCAGGUGACAGGACCCUGGAACCACCAUCAUCUGGAACCGAGGAGCCGUCCUUCUCAGGUGACAGGACCCUGGAACCACCAUCAUCUGGAACCGAGGAGCCGUCCUUCUCAGGUGACAGGACCCUGGAACCACCAUCAUCAGGAACAGAGGAGACGUCCUUCUCAGGUGACAGGACCCUGGAACCACCAUCAUCAAGAACAGAGGAGCCGUCCUCCGGAAUGUGAGAAGAUCAUGAACAGCAAAAGGAAAGUUGAUAAUAUUGAUUACCAUGAUGUUGACCAGGGUAUAUAUUUUUUAUGGAUAUUACAGUGCCAUUUCAGACACAGCCUGAGAGGGAAAAUUACAGCAAUUGUUUGUCAGAUUUAAUUAGCAUAAUUGUUAACUUUUCUGCUAUACUGUCUUGUAACUUUCCAUAACUAUGUAGACAGUAAGGCCUUACAUGCUGUAAUGUGUAUUUCAUUGAAGCUUUCCUAUCCUCUGUGCUGACUGUCAUUAGCAGACCUGGGCUCAAACAUACUAUCUGAAAUCUUCCAAAUACUUUAAGUGUUUUAUCUAGCCUGCCUAAGGUGCUGGAUGGGCAGUGUUUGCAGUUUUGGGACAAUUGUAUUGGUCCAUUAUACCAUGCAGGCUCAUUCAAGCCCAGACUAAGUAUUUGGAAUGAUUUCAAAUAGUAUUUUACCCAGGUCUGGACAUAAGAAAAUGUUACAUAACAUAUACACGUAGGAUCCUGUUUUUGUUAUUUUAUCCCCCUCUACUUUACACAGGGCAGGAGGCCUUCCAGGCUUCUGGUCUAGCAGAUGUUAGGAGGCGGCAAGAGGCAGGAGGCCUUCCAGGUUUCUGGUCUAGCAGAUGUCAGAGACCUCUGUAGUACCACUUCAUACAGAGUUUGACUCUUUCUAUCUUCUGUUUCAUCAUCUAAACCCUGUGUCCCAUCAUGUAGUUGCUUUGGAGGCAUUCUGUCAUGAAAUAAAUCUAUAUGAUCCAGAUCAUCUUGUUCUAGUUGCAAGGCCCCUCCUGGGAAGGUGGGCGGGGUCGUUUCUCUCUCUUUGCAAUUCUGUCACUAUUGUGAAAGUUGUUUUAGACUCAAAGCAUAUUGCCCAAUUGACAAGUACUGCGUGACUGUGCCACCAGUGGACGCUGCUGAGGGGAGGACGGCUCAUAAUAAUGGCUGGAAUGGAGUCAAUGGAAUGCUAUCAAACGUGGUUUCCAUGUGGUUGAUACCAGUCCAAUGACUCCAUUCCAGGCAUUACAAUGAGCCGUCCUCCCCACAGCAGCCUCCACUGUGUGCCACACAUUGUAAUUGAUAUACAGUAUUUUGCCAAGGGUAUAUAGUGUAAGAUUAAGUAGUGUAUGGUUCCAACUUGUAUAAAUCACGGUAACAUAUAAUGUACUAACAAUAUCAAUAUUAUGUUUGCGUUUUCUCUAGGCAAUGUUAAUGUAUGGCACUUUUUCAUAUUGCAAUCGGUGAACCAGAACUGUGUGUGUGCGUGUGUAUGCAUUUGUAUUGCUUGAGUAGGACACAGAGAUAAUCAGACUAUUCAGUGUUUACUUCUCUUGAGACGAGUAUGAUGAAGAGAGGAAAAAAAGAGUUGUCGAGUUGCAUAACGCCCAGGCUUUGGGGAAGUGUUGCUACUAUUAAAUAAAGAAGAGA